UUCUCCCUACGAGAACAAGGACCACCUAGUUCUCCUGACAUCCAAACCGCGUAUGUGACACCGCUGAGAGUUGUUUUUACCUGUUGCUUGGGGUUGCAGUGCAAAGAACAUCAAUAUCCCUUUGGUGAAAAAUGCUGCAAGUACUGUGCUCCUGGUGAAAGAAUGAGAAGUCGUUGCACAGCAACAACAGACACGGUCUGUGCCCCUUGUCAAAACGAAUACUUCAGUACUGAGUACAACCACAACUUCUGCAAGAGCUGUACCAUCUGCAAAACGACAAAGGGGAGCGUGGAAGUGAAGAAGUGUGAGAAGACUUCUGACAGAGUUUGCAGGUGUAUAGCUGGUUACAUGCCAGAUGCCAGAUAUCCCCUGGGGAGUGUAUGCUUACCAUGUCCUGAAGGGUUUUAUUCCACAGGGGGAAAUGGAAACUGUCGACGUUGGACCAACUGCAGCACUGUUGGGAAAACAACUCUUCGAGCAGGAACAAAAACAGAUGAUGCUGUUUGCAGCAGCCAUGUGACACAGCCAACUCCUCAGAGUGCAACACCUGCUUUGGAUCUUUCUACUGCCAACCACAGGAAUAAUACAUCACCUACAGUGCUCUCACCUUCCAAAUCCAGUGUGAUCCCUUCCGUUAUUUGCUCGGAUGCGAACAGCCCCACAGAGACUAACUGGGGAUCUCUAUCACUUAUCCUUAUUUGUCUGAUAUUACUUAUGGUGUCUGGAAUGUCCAUCUUCCUGUUGAUUAUCCAAGCAGCCAAAAAAACGACCAAGAAGAGGCCUUAUAGGAGCAACCAUCAGAAAGAAAGGAGCUUUCGAAUUCCUGUCCAGGAAGAACAAAUCGACUCCAAUUCCAGUCUCAUCAAAAACUGACUUGACGUUGCGUUACUGUUUCCUGCAUUUCUGAGCCGAUCAAUCGUAACAACUAACGUGACGCAACUUUCAGCGGCUAUCUGUGUGGAUGUAUGUAAUUGUUUAAUUGCACUUCCAGUCCUUUGGGACUCAUUGAGUCAUCCCUUUGGCAUUAGGACCCAUGGGAGUAACUGCUCUCAAAUCAUGACUCCUCCUAUUAGGCAGAUCCUGUGCACAGCAUCCCUGGUACUGGGCCUGAGUUGAUACAGUCCUCUGUGUGUUUCUAGCCGCUUGUCUUUGGGCUGCAGAAAGUGUUUACAAAGCUGUAAGAGCUAAUCAUUGAGCAAACUGACAUACAGGGAAAAUUAAAAGACCUGCUUUAUAAUUAGGUUUAUAUCUUGCCCUACAAUUUUGAGGUGCUGAGCAGGGUACGUCUUUUCUCUCAGUGGAGCCAUUUCCAGGGUUUCAGUUGAGCUCCCAAAGGAGCUCUCUUCCUUUUAGGUGGAGAAUCUCCAUGGAUGGACCUAGCCAGCUUCCUUUGUGCUUCCAUUUUUUUUCUUUUUUUUUUCCUUAGUCAAAAUAAGUGGCGCAUGUCAACUGUGCCUCCAGAGACGGUUGUCACAGCUGCUAAUUCUGGUGCUGGCUUUUAAGCAACAGUUAAGAGAUGGCUGUUCAGUGCCACUUCUUUCCUUUCUGCCUUUCUUUUGGGCAGACCCAUUGAGAAAAUGUCACGUUAACACUGAGCAGUAUCCCCACAGGCCAACAAAUGGAAUUAUUCACUGUCAUUGAGUAGCUCCAGAUCUCCAAGUGUUUGGAAAGCUGAGAUCUUCAUUGGUGUGGAAAGUAGAAUCUGUGUACUCACUGUCAGAAGGCAAAGGGAAUGGUAAUUUCUGAUCAGAACAUUAUUAGUGAAAACUGUAAUUGAGAGCAGGGGGAAAGUAGAGUACAACCUAUUUGCAUUAUAGACUUUAGUAGUUGCUGUAUAAAACUAAUGUUUUAUCUAUAAGUUUUGUGCAUACAAUAUGCUCUGUGCUGCUUCUUGGUGGAUGUUCUGUUGUGCUGAAUAUCCUGGUGUGUCUAUCCUCAGCAAGGCUGCUUCAGUCAAGCUUGAAGAGUAAAAUAGCUUAGUUUGAACCACUUCUGUGGGAGUUGAUUGCUUGCUUCAAAGUAAUGCCGUGGAUGGAGAAACCCACAAGCAAGUUUGUUUCCAGGUGGUCUGGAUUUGGGGAAAACCUUUUUAUGUCCUAAAUUUAGUAGCAUGUAUAUGGACACUUAGAGGUUUUUCUGCUGAUGAAUGAUAACUUUGUGGUGAUAACUCCCUAGAUGUUGUCUCUUGAUAAGAGGCAAGCUGAACUUUUAACACAGUGUUGACCAUAUGGGCCUUCGAGAGUUGUAUUUUUGCAAAGAUACGUGAAGAUCAUGAAACAGUGGAUACAUGCCUAAACUAUGCUCUGACUGUUCAUAUGGAUGCUCACUUCUGCAUACUGUCAGUGGAACCUGCCUCAGAACUGAAGGAAGUUUUCUUCACGUGGUCUGUUCACAGUUAAAAUACACCUGGUUGUUUGCCUGCAUGCUGUUUGAAAUUAAUUUUACUUCUGUAAUGUUUUUUUUCGCGAGUUAAUCGAUGUCUUUUAAAGAAUAUUGAAUUUGUUAUCUAAAAUUUCAAAGCCGAAUGUCUGAGAGACAAGUAAGUGUUAUUUUCAAUAACUUUUAAUGUAAUUUAAAUAUCUCGGUGUAAAAGUUUGAGAAGUGAAUUUGAAAGUUAUAUCAUUCAGAAAUGUUUUCACUUCAAAUACUCCUUAGUAGAUAACUCAUAUAUUUUAUAUACACGGUACCAAAGCAUAUGGCAAAAUAUGCAGCACGGAAAUGUAUUCAAGAAUACAACUGGUUGUCUAGAAACAUGUUUUAAACAUGUUUCAUUAUAUGUUAUACAUAUGGUGUACUUAGUGGCUUCCUAUUUUGAAGUGCAUAUACAAUGUAUAUAAAUAUCUGUAUUAUAUAUGAGGUUAUAGUACUGACUCUUUCAAAUAAAUUGUAGUAGUGGCUAGAUGUGCAUGUUUGAUGUGUAUGAUUGGGGAGUACAAAGAAGCCAAUGGUAUUACUCCAGCAUGGGAGCUUAAGAUGAGCAUUAACUUUUCAGAAGGUUCCUGUAUUGGAGCAUUUGACCCUUAAAAAAUUAUUUCAAUUGUCAGGGGUCCUCUGAAGAUUUCUAGUUCUUUCGUUAAAGUCAUGUGGGGGCCUUUUAGACUACUCUGUUCAUCCUGACCUGGCGUGACAUCUUGUCAUUUUACAAGCAUGGUGGAGGGUGCUCUAUUAAUUGCUAAUUAACCUUAUUUAUACUCAGCUGUUGCACCAUCGUAGCCACUGACUGCAAUGGGUGUAGCCUGAGCACAUGGACCCUGACCUUUCCUGAGACUGCCAAUGAGAGGAAUUCCCUAAUUGUGCUAAUUGUGACAAAGAAGAGGUGUGGGAGCUUGUUCUCUGCUGUCUGGGCUGAAGUGUAUCAAAAUUUUUGGAUAGCUUAGAUUUGGCCACAGUGACCUAGCUGCAAGAAUAGAGAUACCCGCUUUGAUCGAAGUGUAAUUCUCACAAAAAAGCAGGAUCACCAAAUGGGCAAAACUAUGGCUUAGCAGGCUUUAAAUUGACAUGUUGUCUUGGUGAACUGAGCGAGCGGUGCAGUAUUGUGCUUUGCGAAUUGUGCCUGGUAGCAGUUCCGACCUUAGCUGCUGGGAGGUUCGAGACGAUAAGGCUCAGCCCUUUCAAAAAAAGUUAUGAAUGUAGAGGUGUUUGAAAGCGUGCUGUGGUCUAGAUGCUGUCAUCUUGCUGUGAAUUGGGCGGUGGAGUACAAUGGAUGAAUCUGGGAAAUGGAUUCCAGAGAGCACGCGGCCAAUUCUCAGAAACAAUGCUUAUCAGGUUUGUAGCCUGCCCUUCCGAGGCAAUACUGCUCGUACCACGUUUCCACAUAACUGAGCACGGUGCAGAUAAGCGAUGAGCUAUCUGAGGCUGUGGGGUAAUGAUGGAUGGCAACGCAGCCCACAGGAACAAAUGAGGUGCUGAUGGAGGUGCUGCUGUGGCAGCAGAGAGAUGCUGUGGUGUGGGCUCACCAGCUGCUUCCACGAAUCUUUCUUGUUUCCUGCCCUCCGGCUGAGCUGCACAGGAAGAUGCUUGAGUGCUCUGUGUUGUUGUGCCCUCCUACAGCCUUCUGUUCAGGAGAUUUCCUGGAAAUCGGGGCCUGGGCUGUUCCCUCUGGUGGAAGAACAGAAUGGUGGUGGCCCUGGAAGCGCACAGCCAAGCGAGGGCAGCUGAGCAUGAGUUGAAUUUGCUUAUCAAUGUGGAAAAGUGGAGAGAAUCCAGCAGGCCUUGUGGCUUGUGUGCAUCAGCAAGUCUGUGCUGCGGGCUUUUAUGGCGAUGUGUGACUGUGAGCCUGUCCGUGCUGCUGUAGGACUUCUGUAUCCAACUCCUGUGCCGACGACCUAUAAUCCUUUCUGCAGUUAUACCACGGUAAUGUUUAAUGCUUAUGUUUAUGAUAUGAUUUUUUUGAGUAUUUGGGUGUUGGUAGACUGGUUUAAUAAACUGAUGUAGUUACUUUGCUCUAAAUAAAGGGAUAACGUUUA